GUUCUAAGAAAAACAAAAAUGUGCAAGUUCUUCUUGCGUGGUACGUGCAGUAAAGGACAUGAGUGCAUGUUUGCCCAUGAUGAAGCAGAUCUGCAACGUUUACCGGAUUUGCAGAAGACCAAACUUUAAGGCCAACCUUUGAACGUUGAAGCAUCAUCCUCAGUGAGCUGUGUAAUACAUUCUUGGCUCUUUAAAUACAUUACGAAGCAUCAUCCUUAGUGAGUUGUAUCAUUAUCCCCCACCCCAAAAAUAUGGCAGCCCCUAUACCUCAAGACUAGGUAAAUGAAUCAAUCAACCAAUCAGUCAUCCCUCCUUGGCUCUUUAGGUACAACAUUAAGGCUCUUCUAAAAAAUGUGCGAAGAAAUGACCCGUAAAGGCCGUUGCCGACUGGGCGCGAGGUGCAGCUACGCUCACUCGAAAGCCGAGCUUCGAGCUACUGUUAUGACGGGAUGUUGAAUCUUCAUGUUGAUGAGACUGAGACUCAGACUUGUUGGGAGAGUGACUGAGAGAUAUCAGUUCUGAUAAUAAAGUCAGAUUAUUUAUUUGUUUUCCUAUUUGAUACUUCCUUGCUUUAGCUUUUAGAAUUAGAAUUUAGAAUCACAUUGAGCAGCUUGUCGUCCUCUAAUGGAAAGGGGUUCUUAAAAACGAAAAUGUGCAAGUUUUUCGCAGAAGGCCACUGCGCGCUCGGUGACGGAUGCCGGUAU